GGCCGGAAAAGGGAGGGGAGGAACGCAGAGACAGCGCACGCAGAACAUGGCGGCGGGGGAGGAGGCGGCCCAGGUUAUCCCCGACUAGUGGGCUUGAGGGUUGGCGAGUCCACUCGGACUCAGCCUCGCCCCGACAGCCCGGUAAACCUCCUCCUCUCUGGUCAAGGCAGAGGGCGGGCUGUGUACCCCGGGAACACAGAGUAUCGGGGGCAGGGAGGAGGGGGGAAAAGCGGCGAAGGAGAACUGUGCAGACCCUCGGUGGUAGGCCCGGGAACGGGGAAGGGAACGGAAGGUCGUUGGGGAGACGACGUGCAUGGGCGCGCGCACGCACGCUUAGGACUGCUGUGUGGUACCGAGGUCCCGAAGAUGCAUCUAUUCAGAUUAAUAGCAACAUUGCAAAAUGGUGGACCCAAGAGAGGAGGAAGCUAUGGAUGAAAUAACAUUUAAAAGUGACACUGUGCUGUCUGAUGUGCAUCUAAGCACCCCAAACAAAAGGCACUUGAUGGUACGUCUGAAUGCUGUUGGCCAACCUGUUUUUCUGUCACAAUUCAAACUUCUGUGGAACAAAGAUCCUUGGAAAGAUACUCAAGUUAAGGGUAAAAAACAAAAAGACAUUCAAAUAGAAAAUACUGUACAGGAUGACAGAAGUAUUCAGGAAUCCGAUGGAAAGAAUAGCAGUGAUGUAGAUUUUCUUAAUGAGAAUGAAACUCAUACUUGCCCUUCUUCAAGAAUAGAAGCUCUCUUGGAUAAUGAUGGUGACUUGGAAGUGGUAAGAAGACCACAGGUUUUCUCUGAGACAAAACAAAAAGAGACAUCAAGAAAUAAAAUACAUCCUAAAAUUCUAACCAUAGGAACAGAAAAUUUCAUUGAAGAAGAAGAGCAAGAAAAUAUCCACCAGGGUUUGGUUAAAAUAGAGCACACCAUGGCCACUCCUCUGGAAGAUGUUGGCAAACAGGUGUGGAGAGGAGCUUUCCUUCUGGCUGAUUACAUCCUGUUCCAACGUGACCUGUUCAAAAGUUGCACUGUGCUCGAGCUUGGGGCAGGCACUGGGAUUGCCAGCAUCAUCACAGCAACAGUUGCUAAGACUGUUUACUGCACAGAUGUGGGUGAAGAUCUCCUCACUAUGUGUGAACGGAAUGUUGCCCUGAACAAGCACCUGACUUCAACAGGAGGUGGUGUAGUUAUGGUUAAAGAAUUGGAUUGGCUAAAAGAUGACUUGUGUACUGAUCCUCAAGUUCCUUUCAGUUGGUCUGAAGAUGAGAUUUCUGACUUAUAUGCUCAUACUACUAUAAUAAUGGCAGCUGAUGUUUUUUAUGAUGAUGACCUCACAGAUGCUUUAUUUAAAACACUCUACAGAAUUACUCACAGUUUGAAAAAUGCUUCUACAAUCUUCUUAUCAAUAGAAAAAAGACUAAACUUCACACUUAGACAAUUGGACAUUACAUGUGAAGCUUACAAUCAUUUUCGAUUUUCCCUAAAUGAUCUAGAGAAACUCAGAGAUGGCAAAAUGAAGUUUAUUGUAGAGCCAAUUGAAGCUACUUUCCCCCAGUUCCUUGUUUAUGAACGUAUAGAGCAGUUGGAACUCUGGAAGAUUAUUGCUGCACCAAUAAGUUGAUCUCUCAUAGGAACAAGGCAUAAAAUAUUCCCCUAAGUCAGUUGACUACAAAUGGUUCUAAACUAUAAUUUCAAUAAAAUCAAAAGCUACCAAA